UGUACAUCUGUUUUCGUCUCGGGUAGAAGCAAACACAAUUUACUUAUACGAAUACCACCAGCCUCCAGAAUCUACCAAUUUGCAGCGCCUGGCCAAUCAGAAGAAAGACAAGGAGUUACAGUAUUUACUGUUCUGAUGGUUGUAAUUUGAAUUUUGACUCGCAGUACUUUUAGCUGUAUCUGUGAGCUUGUCUUUAGUUUGGACUGCAACUCCCAUGAUUCUCUGUGCCGGUCUUGCGGAAGAAACGUUUUGUGUCUAGUUUGUAUUUUAUGAAUGCUAUGAUAAAGUUUUAGAAUUAUGAAACAUGACCGACAUAAAAAUGUAUUUGAUAUUUUUCCCCAGUCAGCUGAUGGAUGUUAUUGGGAACUGUAAGAAUGACAGACUAGGAAUGGCGAAGUUCGAUGCGUCUAUUUGAGGGUCUGGAACAUUUUUACCCGGUGUUGGGGAUAGGAAUGUGGAUUUUGUGAACUGCAAAUUUAAUAUGGACACGAGGAAAGAUAAGAAGAAAUUUAAGAAACGCCGCUAUGAUGAGGAUGAAGAUGAAGAUGAUGAUACACAAGGUAAUGAUAAUCAGCAGGCAGUUCCUUCUGCAGCCGGUAAGCAGGUUGAGGAAUCUGGAACUAAAGUGGAUGAAUAUGGAGCAAAGGACUACAGGAGUCUACUGGGGUUAAAGGGGGACCAUACAGCAAGGCCACUUUGGGUGGCUCCAGAUGGACAUAUAUUCCUUGAAGCAUUUUCACCUGUAUAUAGGUAUGCCCAGGAUUUUCUGGUAGCCAUUGCCGAGCCUGUCUGUAGACCUAGCCACGUACAUGAAUACAAACUCACAGCUUACUCGCUGUAUGCGGCUGUUAGUGUGGGGCUGCAGACUGCGGACAUCAUUGAAUACCUUCAGAAGCUGAGCAAGACCUCCAUCCCAGAUGGGAUUGCCCAAUUUAUAAAGUUGUGUACUGUCAGCUAUGGUAAAGUCAAACUAGUCCUAAAACAUAACAGAUAUUUUGUCGAAAGUGUGCACCCUGAUGUCAUUCAACAGCUCCUUCAGGAUCCUGUAAUUAAAGAUUGUCGACUGAGAACUGCAGAAGGAGAAGAAACGGACCUCAUCACAGAAAUCUUCUCAAGUAAAUCUGCUAUUAGUAAAUCAAGUCAGAAAACCAAUGGACCCCCUGUAUCCCAGGAUGGAGAUCCUGCUCCAAAGAAACCCGAAGUUCCAUCUGAUAUUUUUGAAUUUUAUGAACAAAUGGACAGGGAUGAGGAAGAGGAAGAGGAAACUCAGACAGUGUCAUUUGAAGUCAAACAGGAAAAGAUAGAAGAGCUGCAAAAGCAGUGUAUUCAGAUGGAGUAUCCUUUGCUGGCUGAAUAUGACUUCCGAAAUGAUACCGUAAAUCCAGAUAUAAACAUUGACUUGAAACCUACUGCAAUUCUUCGACCCUACCAGGAGAAAAGCUUGAGGAAGAUGUUUGGAAAUGGACGAGCAAGAUCUGGAGUAAUUGUGCUUCCUUGUGGUGCUGGGAAAUCACUGGUUGGUGUUACUGCUGCAUGCACUGUUCGGAAACGAUGCCUUGUACUUGGGAAUUCUGCUGUUUCUGUGGAACAGUGGAAAGCACAGUUUAAAAUGUGGUCCACCAUUGAUGACAGUCAGAUCUGCAGGUUCACAUCAGAUGCUAAGGAUAAGCCUAUUGGCUGCUCCAUUGCUAUCAGUACCUAUUCUAUGCUGGGCCAUACGACCAAGAGGUCUUGGGAGGCUGAGAAGGUUAUGGAAUGGAUGAAGGGCCAGGAAUGGGGUCUCAUGAUACUCGAUGAGGUGCAUACUAUACCUGCAAAAAUGUUCCGUCGUGUUCUGACCAUUGUACAAGCUCACUGUAAGCUAGGCCUUACUGCAACACUAGUCAGAGAGGAUGACAAAAUCGUUGACUUGAAUUUCCUCAUUGGACCAAAGUUGUACGAGGCGAAUUGGAUGGAGCUGCAGAACAGUGGUUAUAUAGCCAAAGUUCAGUGUGCAGAGGUCUGGUGUCCUAUGACUCCUGAAUUUUACAGAGAAUAUGUGGCAAUCAAAACAAAGAAAAGGAUUCUUCUGUAUACCAUGAAUUCCAACAAAUUCCGAGCUUGCCAGUUCCUUAUUAAGUUCCAUGAGCGGAGAAGUGACAAGAUCAUUGUUUUUGCAGAUAAUGUGUUUGCACUGAAAGAAUACGCUAUCAAGCUGAACAAACCUUAUAUUUAUGGUCCUACAUCUCAAGGUGAAAGAAUGCAGAUUCUACAGAAUUUUAAGCACAAUCCAAAGAUUAACACCAUAUUCAUAUCUAAGGUGGGAGACACGUCCUUUGAUCUUCCUGAGGCCAAUGUGUUGAUUCAGAUAUCAUCCCAUGGUGGUUCCCGAAGGCAGGAGGCCCAGAGACUGGGUCGAGUGUUAAGAGCAAAGAAGGGUACUGUAGCAGAAGAGUACAAUGCUUUCUUCUACUCUCUCGUAUCUCAGGACACGCAGGAGAUGGCAUAUUCAACCAAACGUCAGAGAUUUCUGGUGGACCAGGGCUACAGCUUCAAGGUUAUUACUAAGCUUGCUGGUAUGGAAGAAGAAGACUUGUUUUUUGCAACCAAAGAAGAACAGCAACAGCUUCUGCAGAAGGUUCUGGCAGCAUCUGACCUUGAUGCUGAGGAGGAAGUUGUUGCUGGAGAAUUUGGGUCAAAGUUUCAGGUAUCCCGACGUAUUGGUACAAUGAGUUCUAUGUCUGGAGCAGACGACACAAUUUACAUGGAGUAUCAGGCCCCCCGAAGCAAGGGGCUGGAAAAACAUGUCCAUCCACUUUUCAAGCGUUUCAGGAAGUAAUGGAUUGCUGCAUUUCUCUACUUUGUUCUGAUAUUACAUUGAUCUUUCCAUUUGAUAGGCUUUGAGGUCUGAGGUCUGAACUUAAGAUCCUGAACAAAAGAUGGGUUUAAGGUCAAGCAUUGAAGGCUCUGCAGCGUUUGACCUUAGCUACUGCAGUUCCUUUUGGGAAUCUUUAUCAGGCACUUGUCUAGCAUAACUUGUCCCUUGAUUUUAACUUUUGAGUGUGUGCUGUUGCUGUAGUGUCUGUAAAUCAGAUGAUGAAAGGUUACUCCUGAAACACACCUCACAUUCUGGGGAUUAAGGAUCUGGCUAUGCAGAUAACUGCUGGAUAAAUAACAGACACCACAGACUAUGGUUCCAUUAUUUUUAAGGCAUUUCUAGUUUCUCAGUCAUUUUUAUAUAGUAAAGCGGAUUAUGUGUGACAAGAUAAAUUCUUCAGACGUCAGAUAGUGCCUAAUUAUCAGUAGUUACAGAUCAGUUCUAGUAUUUUAUUUAUAUUACACUGUUUGCAGGGUAAAUGACCUGACAAAGUAAUCCAUGAAAAUUAUGAAACGGAGAGCUCAGAAACCAGGGCAGAUUGGUAGUAAAGCUGAAAGUGUGGAGGCUACCUGUGAGAUGCUCAUAGUGCCAUAUGCAGAUAAGUAAUGAGAAAGGAUGAAUAGGAUAGUUCUGUUAAGAAGAUGAAGCACUGUGUGGAGAGCAGGGACUCCUGGUAAUAAUGGUUGGGGGACCAUAUCAAAGGAUCUUUUUCCUCAAGUGUGGAAGCAAACAGAUUGUAAAAGAAUAACAAGAAAAGCAUACUAAAUCUGUUGUGCCUUUAAAAGGGAGUUUUAAAAAAGUCAGCAGGAUGUAUGAUGGAAUGGGUGCUUCCACUGUUGUAGAUAAUAUUAAGAAACAGUGGGAAAAAUCUCACAAAAACUGAAAGAGAUUAAAAUAAAGGAAACUUUAUCCAGUCUUUCAAAUGGCAACACACCACGACAACAAAAAUUUUUCCGGUCAUAAUGGUGGAAAAAGAACGUUUGUCAGUGUCACUGAAAUGGCAGGAAAAAACACCUGUUCUCUGACAUGGGUGAUGGCUGAAUCUAUAGUAUAAAAAGAAUCACUGUUUUUAUGUAAAUUAUGUUGGUGAAUUUCAAAAAGUAUUUCCUGGAAAAGGAGAAUUCUCAGAAAAUUAAACAUGUAUAAUGUACCGUAAAAAUGCAGUUCCAUUUAAAGGAGUGACUUUAUCAUUUCCAGUACCUUUUCAACUGAGACACUGAUAAGUGCUUAAGUCAGUUUGGGUAUGAUUAUAGUGCAGCUGAUAGCAGUAGAUACCACUGCUUUAUGGAAUAAUGUCUUCAAGUUGUGCAGCAUAUAGUCAGUGCCCAACCUUAUUCUUUUCCAAAUACACUUCCUUGGAUAUCAAACAAUCAGAGGACUUCAGACAAAAGAGCCUGCCUAUGUCCUUCAUAGGCCUUUCUGGGAUUAUCUUCCAUCCCGAAGGCAAAAACCUCCUUGAAAAAACAUUGAAAAUAUUAGGAGAAGAAAUGUUUUAUCUGAAACAUAGUUACCACAUAAAAAUGAACACAGCGAUGAGUAAUGGUCUUCUCCAGGGUCCCCUGCAAGAAUAUGACUAUUGUGGUAGUGAAAAGACCUUUUCAUGUCUCUCCUCAAAAAAAAAAAAACAGGUUUAUUUAUUCAGGCGAAAAAGAACUACUGCUUUGGGCAGUAUUAACAUUAAGAGUUCUGUCAGUGUUGCAAAUAUCAAAAACCCUGUAGAGCUUCAAAUAAUAGACUAGAUGUGCUUAACAGUGUUAAGGAAUAUUCAGUUACCAAAACACAAAAUAAUAAACAGUACCUAAAGGAAAAUGCCACAUAAAAAUUUGGAGUGUUACAGAUUUGAGAAGACAGUUUGUAUUUCAUCACCUCUUACAGUUAGGACCGUGAUUUUCCUCAGCUGUAUGGCCCAGCACCAGAGUUAUUUGUUAGAAAAGGUUGUGAGCAUCCUGCUCACACUGUUCUUCACAAAGAUUGGGGAUCAGCUAGUGACCUUUAUAUCUGCCAUUGUGAAAGCAGGCUGUAGAAGACAGUACAUGGUUAUAAGCCUGUCUUUCUAUUGUCAGUUCAAGUGUCAUGAUAAUGCAUAGAUAAUGCAUAGUUUGAAAUAAAGCUGUCGGAACUUGUAGCUUCUCAGAUGUCACAUUUUUAUACAAUAAGGCUUGUUGAGUAGCCACUAAAUUUUAUAUUUGUAACUAAUGAAAUUUAUUAACUGUGUCUUUGAGUGGAAUUGCAUGAUAAUAUAUUGGAAUAUUUAGUGAGUUAUUUCUCUACUGCAUUAAAUUGUGUGCAUUGCUGAGUUCUGCUGACGUAAAUCUGUGUUUUCAGUUAUAGUAUUCAUUAUUGCCUCCCUUGGCUUGUCAUUUGGAUGUGCAGACUGAGAGAUGGCAUCUUUGCAGUUGGUAUCUUUAUGAAACUCUGUGUUAAUGCAUUGUUGCUUUUGAGCUAUGCACUUAAGAUAUUGAGAAUGACCAUGUCAGGGAUUGCAGUAGAAAGAGAUAUGAACUUAUUGGUGGUGUUACAGUUUCAGAGCUUCCAUAAGUUUGGGGAAUGAAUAGUGAUCCUCAUUUUUAUGUUUGUUUAUUUUUAAUAUUUUCCACUACUGUAAACCUCCCAGAACAAGUGGUUUAUGAAAUGAAUGGCUGGAUGAUGGAAUGUAAUGUUUUUGCUGGUUGUUUAAUUGGAUGAUGAUGAAUUGGCAUGCAAGUUUGGAGGUUUGCAUUUCUUUGAGACAUGUUAGUGUAAUGUAUACUUAGAAAACAGUAACUCUCUCAACAGUAAUAUAAACACAGUAUAGUAUAGUAACCCCCCAAGAAAAGGUACUAGGAGAAAGCAUAAAGGGAGUUGUAUAAGUGAUUUUCAUAUUACUUUUCCCUUUCAUUUUGCCAUUCUGCGUAUUAAGGAGAAAGAUUCUCUGUUUUCACCGUAAAUUAUUAUUGAGAAGUGAGUUGGCAAAAAAUUUCAAUGGCUGUGCCUUAUAUCUCCAACAUUUCUUCAGAAAUCUUAACUACAGUUGUCUGUAGAUAUUUAUCAUUUUAUGUAGUCCAAAAAAGGUAGUUUAGUGGCUCACAGAUUGUCACAUAGGGAUCCAUUUUAUCUACAGUUGUGCCUGGUACCAAAAAAUGGCAAACAAAGACCUGUAAUGCAGCUGUCAAGACCCUGCCCCCCAAAAAAAGUUUUAUCAACAAGCACAACGUGAGUAUGUAAGUGAAUUUCAAGUUACUUCUCUCUUUCAGUUUGUCAUUCCAUUUAGCAAUGGAACAGUUUUUCCAUUUUCCUAGCAAAUUACUACAGAUAGAUGAAUCACAGAAUAAUUUCAAUGGCUGUACCUUCAAUCUCUGUAAGGUACUAGUUCCAGGAGUAUUUCCUCAGACUUCACAACUGCAAUUGUGCUUUGGUUUAGAUUUUCAGGUACUCAAAAAAGAAGAACGAGGCCAGUCGGACAUCACCCGCUUAACAAAUUCAACAAAUAAAUAAAUAAAUGUUUUAGUGGUUGUCAGACUAUCACAGAGGAACAUAUUUUAUCCAGAGACCUUUUUCAUACCAAAAGAAAUGACAAAUAGGGGGCUUGUAAUGCACCGGUCGAAUCUAAGUAACUUUAUAACAAAAGCAAAAGUGCAACAUGUUUACUAUAAAGUAUAUAAAUAACACUGUUGUGUACUGAACUUGAAGGGUGCUUAAAUGCACAUUUUGUUGCUGAGGUUUCCUCUUCCCUCUUUCAGCUUUCCCAUUCCGUAUGCUCACAACCCCAAGAGAGUGAAUUGCUUGGUCCCAAUUUUUACCCUCUCAAAGGUUAAAAAAAAAAAAAAAAAAACUCACAUUUUCCAUAUAUGAGUGACAUUUUGGUAGUGCUGCUGUGACCCAUAUAUUCAAGAACCAGAAAAAUAAUCAAGACACAUUUUAGCUGAAUCAGCAGUAACUUCAAAUGUUUUCCAUUAUAUUGCAUGAAAAUGUCUUGUAUACCAUGCAUUCAAAGGUUUUAAUUGAAAGAACUGGUCUAAUGUAUGCAGUUCAGAUUAUCUCAAAUUCUGUAAUGGCCAGUUCCAGAUGCAGUUACUGUCUGAACUUGUCAGAGUCACAAUUCAAACCAAGGAAAAACACUGAAGUGUCUCAUUUAAUCCAGAAGUGCAGAUAAGCCCCCUGUGCAACCUUUCUACAGAAUAAAAAGUAAAAUAAGCCACAGAUCUAAAUACGGUUCAAGCUGACCAAAUGAUACCCAGCAAAGAAUGGAUGUUAUAAACAUUAAGAAAGAGUAACUGCACCUGUAUUUUACAUCAUUCUGGCAACAUGUUUUCUUUGUUAUUCAUUCAGUUUUGUAGUAGAAGUCUCUUGCAAGUAUUUUUCAUAGAGGCAUCUGAACUGAUCUGUUUCUUUCAUUGUUUUUAAUUGGUAAGAGUAUGCCAGUUUUAUGUUUCCCAACUGUUGCAUUGUUUCUCUUUUCUUAAUUAUUUCAAUAAAAAGUUUCCCACCUGGUCUUUAAAAGGA